CUUUUCAGAUUCUCUCACUGAAUGGGAGCUGCAUAAAAUAUCCCCAAUAGGGACAAGAGGUAUUGCUUAUUAGUAAGAAGAGGGAAGGGAAAGGCAAGAAGCCAGGCGUGUUAAAUGCUCACAACGUGACCCUUGAAACUUCUCUAUUAGGUGAACACUCCUUUUUCGUUUCGAUAUUGAAGGCUUAUAUGCACAGCAAUGGUGAUGGAAACGCCUAGCCCCCAGAGUGUUGGCUUGGAAUUUGUGAGACAGUAUUAUACUGUACUCAAUAAGUCCCCCAUGCACCUUCAUCGGUUUUACAGCCAUGAGUCCAGCUUUGUGCAUGGGGGAUUAGACACCUCAGAGAAGGUGUUGAAGCCUGUCUUUGGCCAGCAGGACAUUCAUCGCAAGAUCCUUUCUUUGGAAUUCCGAGACUGCCAUGCAAAGAUCCGGCAAGUGGAUGCUCAUGCCACCUUGAGCAAUGGAGUGGUCAUCAUGGUCAGUGGAGAAUUAUCCAACAAAGGUCAGCCCAUGCGACGUUUCAUGCAGACUUUUGUGCUUGCACCACAAUCCCCUCGCAAGUACUAUGUCCAUAAUGACAUCUUUCGAUAUCAGGAUGAGGUUUUUGAAGAUGAGGAAGGAGGAGAAGAGGGAGCAGAUGAAAUAGAGGCAGAAGGAGCUCCUCCUCCACCUCCUCUUGCCGAACAUCAUCCCCAGGUGGUGACGAUGAAUGGAACUGGAUCUCCAUCUCCACAUCCACCGGGGAUGAAGACAGUGGAUGACAUACGAAGUGGGUCGGCUAUAACAGGGACAGGGAAUCCUCAAGGUGCCCUCCCACCCCGUGGUGGGCCAACUUAUUCUGCCCCAGCCCAAGUGGUACCAAUGACACAAGAAACAGCUCCAGCCCCUAUUCCUUCAACAGCUUCAGCUGCACAAGUGGAAGAUGCAGCCAAGGAAGAGACUGGGAUGACUCGUUGGAGUGAUACAAUGGAAGAAGAGAACUCUGUUUCUGAUCAUGCAGAUCCACAUCCUUCAAACAAGUCCCCUGAGCCCCCUCAUGAUGAACAAGAAGACUCUCAUCCACCUGUAUCUGAACCUCAAGCUCAUGCCCAGGAGCCAAAGACCUAUGCAAACUUAUUCAAGGGAGCAUCCUCUGGGGGUAACAGCAGUGGAUUUGGAGGAGGAACAGGAACAAGUGGAUCAGGGGCAGUCCCCAGUGGACCUCCUUCACAGGGACAGACAAGUUAUCGUUCAGAGAAAGAUGGUGGACGUGGUGGCCCAGGUCCAGGACCUAGGGGCACUGGGCCUACAGGACGAGGGAUGGGAUCUCCUCCCUCUCAGGUUCAUCCCAGGAAUGACACUCGACCUCCUCCAACUUCUACAACUGGAUCCCGGUUUCAUGAUGAUGGUGGGACUGGGAAUGGGACAGGAGCAGGAGGUUCAGAUGGUUACACAAUGGGACCUCGACGACCCAAUCUCACUCUGAAUCAUCCUGACGCCCAGCAACUCUUUGUUGGCAACAUCCCUUACAGUCUUGGUGAAGAACAGCUGAAAGAGUUCUUUGAGGGGUAUGGCCAUGUCUUGGAAUUACGUGUCAAUCGGAAACCUGGUUCCCUUGGAGACCGUGGUGGACGAGGUGGAGGAUACUCUGACCGGACCACACCCAACUAUGGCUUUGUCGUCUUUGAGGAUGCUGAGGUUGUCAAGGCUAUCCUUCAGAAGAAACCUAUUCAUUACCAAGGGCAUCGACUGAACGUGGAAGAGAAGAAAGCUCGGCCACGAUUGGGAAUGGGUGGUGAUGGAGGUGGCAGCCGAGGUGGAGGUGGAAUGGGGGGUGGACGUGGUGGAAUGGGGCGAGGGAGUGGGAUGAACCGGGGUGGUGGACGUGGUGGAUACUCAUCUCGUGGGGGUGGUGGUGAUACUCGCAUGGCUGGUGGACGUGGGGGUGGCAGCGGUGGUGGCGGUGGCGGUGGAAGUGGUGGUGGUCCCCCUGGCCCUGGUGGACGUGGUGGAUAUCAGCGUUGA